AAUGAUGAUUUUUCAUACUUUCUCCCACAUCAUGCAAUUUUGAGAGAAAGUCUCACUACGAAAUUGAGAUCUGUCUUUGACGGAUCAGCUGUCACGAGCUCAGGAAAGUCAUACAAUGACAUUCAGCACAUAGGCCCGGUUGUUCAAGACGAUUUGUUAAGUAUCCUUAUUAGAUUCAGGCAACAUAGAUUUGUUGCAACUUCCGAUGUAGCCAAAAUGUAUAGGCAAAUUUAUGUAAGAGAAGAUCAACGAAGUUUGCAGCAAAUUCUAUGGCGGCCUGAUCCGACACAACAAAUUUCAUUGCUCAUUAAGGGCACACUCACACCAAAAGAUAAACUAAUCAAAUUAAAUCCAUUCAUUGACCAGGAUAAUCUUAUCAGAGUUGGAGGUCGUCUAUCCAACUCUAACUAUGAUUAUGAUACAAAACAUCCUAUCUUGCUACAUGCAUCUCACUAUAUAACUAAAACAUUAGUUCGAUACUAUCACAUUGUAUACUUACAUGCAGGACCCCAAUUGCUAUUAUCUACGUUACGUCAUAAGUUCUGGAUAAUAAGCGGUCGCAACCUUUGCCGGAAGACAACACAUGAGUGCUUAACUUGUCUUCGCUUCUCAGGUCGUACAUACCAGCCUAUCAUGAGCCCUCUUCCUGCGCAGAGGUUGCACGCUGAUCACCCUUUCACACACACAGCCACAGAUUAUGCCGGUCCUAUCCUGAUAUCGAACAGAAAAGGCCGUGGCGCUAUACUAAUAAAGGCAUACAUAGUUGUGUUCGUAUGCCUGGCAGUGAGAGCAGUACACCUCGAGCUCGUCACCGAUCUGACGUCUCAAGGUUUCAUUGCCGCUUUAAAUCGAUUUAUUGCCCGCAGAGGUAAGCCGGCAAUAUUAUUUUCCGAUAAUGGUACUCAGUACGUAGGAUCAUGUAAUGAACUAGCUAAAUUUUUAAAAGAAAAUAGUAAAGACAUAACUACCUACUCUGCACAAAACGAAAUCAAAUUCAGAUUCGCCCCAGCUUAUAGUCCAAAUUUUAACGGGCUCGUGGAAGGGUCAGUCAAGUCCUUGAAACAUCAUUUAAAACGCGUUCUAUCUAUGACUAAUUUAGAUUACGAACAUAUGAAUUCAACCUUGAUUCAAAUUGAGGGCAUACUUAACUCUCGACCUCUCACUCCUCUUUCUUCAGAUCCUUCCGAUCUCAUUCCUCUAUGUCCAGCACAUUUUCUAAUUGGACGAACGAUCACAAUGCCACCUGCAGCCCAGGUGGAAGAAACACGACCGCUUACAACGCUCUCCAGAUACAUGAGAGUGCAACAGCUCAAGGCUCAUUUUUGGAAAAGAUAUUCAAAGGAAUACAUUUCAGAGCUCCAGUCCCGCAGCAAGUGGCGCACUCAGGGUGCCCAUCCACAGCUGGGCGAGAUGGUCGUCGUCAAGGAUGACCGCCUCCCACCAAACCGAUGGCUGCUCGGACGAGUCACAGCCAUCCACCCGGGCAGCGACGGCGUCAACCGCGUCGCUGACGUCCUCACCACUACGGGGACCCUGCGCAGGGCCUACAAUCGCCUCUGCCCACUUCCAUCGACGUUGGAUCAGGCAGCUCCUGACCCAAGGGGGGCAGCCUGUUAACGCACCUUCCAUGUGUGCGUGAGCGCCGCCGCGCACACAUCGCCACGACACCCGCGGGCCCGCGGCCGGCGACAGCCCGCCCCGCCAUCACUCACCGAUCGUACUCGACGCCGACACCACGAUAGCUCGCGCGUCCAUAGCAAUGUAUUUUUUACAAAUCAUUAAAUAGUUGUUAAAAUCCAA